GGGUUUCCGGGCCCCAGAACCGGAAUCAGAGGUCAGGACGGUUAUGGCGGGAAUCGUACUCGGAGUCUGAGGGAGUCCUCAAUCAGGAACUAGCGAGCAAAGGUAGUAGAGCUUUGACAUCAGUGACACCAUUAAAUAUAUACAAAACCUACAUAGAAGGGAGCUGAACCUGAAAGUUUGAGUUGCCUAAGGCUCCCAGGAUUGGUUCCCAUCAAAAAUUUGAGAAAUGGCAAGUGGAGGAUGUCCAUCGGACAGUGGAGAAGGUCCUUCUACCAGUGGCAAAGCAAAAAAGAGAAAACACGAAGUGUUUUUUAAAGACGAGUGGCUGAGCGAAAGCCAAUUCAAAAACUGGCUUCGUAAAAAAGACUCAGAAAUAGCAGAAUGCAUUUGGUGCCACUGCUGGAUAUCUGUGCGUUAUCAGGGGAAAGAUAUCCUUACACACCAUGCAAAAUCUAUGCAACACAAAGAGGUGGAGAAACAGAAUAUACUGACACCACUAGUGAACAAACCAGAUUCCUCAGAAGUGAAUCAAGUUAUUGUAGCGGAAGUGGUAGAAGCGUACCAUGGUGUUAUGCACCAUCAUAGUUAUGCAAGUCAAGGCUGCACAAAUAAACUGCUGCCAAGAAUGUUGCCUGAUUCUGGCAUAGCAAAAAAGAUAUCUUGUGGAUGGACAAAAGCUACCAACAUAGUGGAGAACAUUUUGGCACCCAAAUCCAUGGAAUUGUUGCUGGAGGAUUUGGAUGCAGCAUACUUUUUCUCAAUAGGAUGUGACACCUCCAAUAAGGGAAACAGGAAAUUCUUUCCUGUGACUGUUCGUUACUUUUCUGUAACUGAGGGAAUUAAAGAAGGAUUGCUUGGCUUCUAUAAUGACGACGAGGAGACCAGUGAGGCAAUUGUAGCACAACUUUGCAGUAUGCUACAGGACAAUGGUCUUAGUUUGGACAGAGUGUCAUCUUAUGUUGCUGACCAUGCUGCAGUGAAUUUUGGAAAACACAAGUCAGUGUUUCAAAAACUUAAGCAGCUUAACAAGCGACUGAUAGAUGUGGGUUGCAAAUGCCAUGUACUUCACAAUUGCCUUAAAAUGGGGAAGAGAGCGCUGAGUUUUAAUGUAGAAGUCUUUGUCACACAAAUAUACAGCGAGUUCUCAAGCUCAGCCAGAAGUACAGACUCCCUGAGAGCCUUCUUUGAGUUUGUAGAUGCAGAGUAUAAAGAUCUGAUUCAGUGUGGUCCACCACGGUGGUUGUCACUUAUGCCUGCUAUUGAAACGGUACUUCAUUGCUGGUCUGCACUGAGGGUGUACUUCCUGUCAUGUGGGGAAGAAGAAUGUGAAAAAAUUGUGUGGGAAGGAUUCAGUCCAGAAGAGGAGUCAUCUCUUCCUCUGUGUUAUACGUACUUCUUAUACAAUUUGAUGGCAUUGUUCAAUCCCAUCAUGAAAAAACUGGAAAAUACCUAUGUUAGCUGCACAGAACUCCACAGAAUCCUGGAUGACCUUCAUGAAAAACUUAAGCAGAGGAGACGGAAACAGUUCUAUGGAAGAUCUGCUACAGCCAUUCUGGUCAACCUCUCUGCAUCUCAAAGGGAAACAUUCCAAAGAGAAGCAGAUCAGGCAUUCUCAAGGUGCAUUGACUACCUUGAGAAAUGGUAUGAUUUUGAUAUGUCAAUUUUCAAAGACAUGGCAUUGCUCUCACUUGAUAGUCCUGUGAUGUGGGAUCAAUUAGACAAUCUUGUCAACGCUCUUAAUUUUGACCCUGAUAUAAUAGACACUGAUAAGAUAUUUGAUGAUUUCUGCAUUGUAUCAAAAUGCCAAGAAGAGAUUUCCUCACAGGAACAGAAUAUAGACCAGAGAUGGGUAAAGAUGUUCAGGCGCAUUCGAGGCAGUGGUGACAGCCAUCUGUUAAAGUUGGUCUCUUUUGCACUGUCUGUCCCUGUAUCCAAUGCCUAUUCUGAGAAAGUCUCCAGCUUAAUGAUGCACCUCUGGAGCAAAGAAAGGAACCAGCUGAGUGAUAGUCUUGUCAAAGCUGAACUCCAGGUGAAACUGAAUUUCAGGAUGUCCUGUGAAGAAUUCUGCAACUUUAUAAAGUCAAGACCAGAGUUGCUGAAAGCAGCAAGAAGGCAAGAUAAAUAUUACUUUCCUUCUCGAAAGCAGAAAGCUGUAUAACCAUGACAUAUUCUCGUGUUUUGUUCAUGUUGUGCCAUGGACAACUGCUUGUUUUUUGUUCUAAUUGUUAAAUGUUUAAAUUAAAGUA